GUCACAUUACGCUUCAGGCCAUCUACUCGGUAGAGAUUUAACAUCGGAGAACGAAGAGAAAAAGAUGUGGAAGAGAGAAGAGUAGGAGAUCUGAUCCCUGCUUUUCUGAAAGGAGUACAGUUAAUUGACAGCUUCAGGCAACAUUGAAAUCUUACUAAUGACUUCAUACGGAAGAAAAAAGACCAUCUAAAUUUUUGCCUGAUGACUGCCAUCAAGGAAUUGAAUAACUCGGCCAUAGCCACUUCACCAGACGCAGAAAACAGACGCCAUGUCGAAGAGGAGGAGGAGGAGGAAGAGGUUGAAUACGUAAUGCCCGAACCACCUGACGGGGGAUGGGGAUGGGUAGUGGUCUUCUGUUCUUUCAUGAUCCACGUGAUUGCCGACGGAGUGACUUACACCUUUGGAAUAUUCCAUAUGGAGUUCUUAAGACAUUUUGGGGAAAGCAAUGGAGCUACUUCCUGGGUUUCAUCCAUCAUGGUGGGGACAACAUUUUGCGUAGGACCUUUUGCAAGUGGUCUGACGAAUCAGUUCGGAUGCAGAACAGUGACGAUCAUUGGCUCGUUACUCGCUACAUUUGGCCUGAUUAUGAGCACCAUUGCGCCAAGCGUCACUUUCCUUUACUUUAGCGCCGGCCUGUGCACAGGCUGCGGAUUCGGGCUGAUGUACUUGCCGGCCAUCGUGUGCGUGACGUGCUACUUCGAGCGCCGACGGGCCUUCGCGACGGGCAUCGCGGUGUGCGGGUCGGGCAUAGGGACCUUCCUGCUGGCGCCCGUCAUCCAGUGGAUGGUGGGCGAUCUCGGCUGGCAGGGCGCCAUGCUCGUCACCGCGGGAUUCGUGCUCAACUGCUGCGUCUUCGGGGCCCUCUUCAGGCCCCUCCAGAAGAAGCCCGUGCUCAAGAGGCUCAAGAGGUGCUCCUUCUCGUCGGCGCAGAGCCCCUGCAACGGGGACGCCCGCAAGUGUUCCUUGCCGAACGGAACUUUAAACAGCAAUGGCGACAUAUGCAUUGCACCUCUCAAGAUUGAGAACCUCCAGAAGCAUUCUUCGCUCUUGGGAAUCGAUCAAAAUCCCCAUCAUUUUUCUUCUGUUCAACAGAUUCGCAAUGCAACGUCCAUGACGCUCAGUUGCGGGACGACAUCAUCCAGAAGAUCCUCCGUUCGCCUGCGAAAUGGCCCAAUGGCGCGAAAAGACAUCUUCUACAGCGGCAGUGUUCGAAAUCUUCCAGUGUGUGUGUCUAACCUCUACCUGUACGAUGUGCAGGUAGAGGACGAUGAGAAGAAAGAACCAGUCAAGAAGUCUACCAUGGCCAAAUUCACCAACUUCCUGUGCCCGACUGUCAUGAGGGAGGCAUUCACUGAAAUGAUGAACUUCAGACUCAUGACAGACGUCGUGUUCCUCAUGUUCGGGUUUUCGAAUUUUUUCACCAAUAUCGGAUUUAAUGUUCCUUUCGUUUACACCAAAGACAGAGCCGUUGGCUUGGACAUUGCAGACGAGAAAACGGCCAGCUACUUACUGUCCGUGAUCGGUAUAGCCAACACGGUGGCCCGAGUCAUCUUGGGAUACCUGUCAGAUCAUAGUUGUGUCAACAGACUUUGGCUCUAUAAUGCGAGCCUCACAUUUUGUGGUAUAGCCACAGCGUUCAGCGCGCUUUGCAAAGACUAUUCCACGAUGGCUCUUUAUGCAGCUGUCUUCGGUGCUACAGCGGGUGCUUAUGUAAGCUUAACUUCAGUGAUUUUAGUAGAUCUUCUAGGUCUUGAUAAGUUAACAAAUUCUUUUGGUCUUCUGUUGCUAUUUGAAGGCGUUGCUUGUUUAAUAGGUCCACCAAUCACGGGUUGGCUUCACGACUAUACUGGCUCUUAUGACCCAGGCUUUUACGUGUCUGGUGCUAUGAUAGCAGUGAGUGGACUUAUGUUAUUUUACAUUCCUUGUGUUCAGAGGUACUUCCAAAAAAAUAAGCAUGUCCAAGAACAUGUAGAUAUUGUUUUGUCCCCAACCUCUUCCUUAAGUCCAAAAUCUGGAUCACCAGUCAAAGAUGCAGUGUUGAAUAGAAAAAUAUUUUGUAGGUCAGAUAUAAUAGCUUGAUGCCUCUGAAGCGAGAUUUUAAAUGUUCAAUGUAAAAUCGACUCUUAUAAAUACAAAACAGACGUUAAAUAUAUUAAUAAAAAAUAAUAAUUUGCACAGAUUCGCGCAAAACAGUAAUAGGUGAAAUGUGUGCCUUCUUUACAUAGAAGAAAUAUAUUUUGGUAUUAAAAUGCAUACUAUACCUGUAUUGUCUGCAUGAAUAUAUAUUAUAUAUAUUUAUCUUGCCAAUUAAAAAAAUAAUCUAUGGGAUUCAUUUUCUGCAAUGCAUACUACUAGUUAAAACUAGUAGAAAAAAUGGAAAACUAGGCUAAAUAGAAACUACAAUUAAUGAUUAUUAUAGCUCAAAAAUGUUCAGUUGAAUUUUGAAAAACCAAAACGAAGAUGCAUAGUUCUUGCAAAGUAAUUAAUUGAAAAAGUUAAUAUCACAGAUAGAAAAUAACAAUCCUUCACAGCUAACAAACAUAUCACUCUGCUCAAAGACAUCAAGUGGUCUUCUGUCUGAGUCUUUUUGAAUGUCUGUCAAUAUUUUUUUGUAACUUCAUUCAAGAGAAUAAACUAUUUAAGAUUUUU